AUGGGGUCCAUCCAGGAUGACAGCACUCCAACCAGAGACAACGACAUCACGAUCCUCGUAACAGGCUUCGGACCAUUCCAAGACAAAUUCCCAGUCAACCCAUCUUUCGAGAUCACACACGCUCUGCCUGACUACCUCCCACCUACAAAAUCCCACAAGAAUGGGAUCCGCAUAAUAUCAUACCCCCAGCCCAUUAAAGUAGCAUUCAACGAAGUCCGAAAUCUCGUCCCAAAACUUCACGACACAUAUGCCGGAAAAGUCGAUGUAGUCCUCCAUCUGGGCAUGGCCUCCGGCCGCAAAUGGUACUCCCUCGAACGCUACGGCCAUCGGGAAGGGUACAGCAAGAACAAAGACCUGGAUGGGAUUAUGCCGGAUCCUGAGGAAGGGAAGACGACGUUUGGGGACUGUCCUGGUAGGAUGGCAACCUCACUGGACUACGAGCGGAUUCUGCUGGAUUGGCAGGUGAAUGUCUUGGCUAUUGCCGAGGGGCGAUCAGGGCAUCAAGCAGACAUCAGGCCGAGUGAGGAUGCAGGGCAUUAUUUGUGUGAUUAUAUCUACUUCAACAGUCUGGCGUAUUUCGGGAGGAGGAAUUGUAUGGAGGGUGGAACGGAUACGGCGAGGCCGGUGCUGUUCUUUCAUGUGCCGGCGGAGAGUGAUGGUGUCAUGUUGGAGCAGGGACAGGCUGUGGCGGUGGCGUUGAUACGGGCUAUCGCUAGUAGUUUCGGGAAGCAGCGUUACGAUGGAGAUGUGAGGAGGGUCGAGGCGCAACAUAUCCUGCAGCGAGAGAGUGGACCAGCGAAUGCUUUUUGA